UUUUUUUUUUUUUUUUUUCCUUUAUCACUGAUCGUCUUUCAAUCUUCCUUGUGUUGCAUGCCUGAGUGUGUGUACGUGUGUCAAUCUUCAAUGUCACAAGCUGCAAGUAAAAACCAUCCUCCUCCUCCUUCGGCUCCUCGCUUUUAUACUGAUCUGCUGUCAGACUAUACCCAAGCAUUGUGUUACUUUUCUCCUAAUGCUGUCAGUCAUUCGCCAAUAACGCCUUCCAUGUCGCCUUUGUUAUCCGUGAAUCAUCCACCGUCAAUUUCCGCAGCUUCUUCCUCCGCUUUACUUCCUAUUAUUGCCACGGGCCGCUUACCUCAGCCUCAUCUGCCAACCACCAUGGUUGCAACCAUGGGAGUUCAUUCACCCCUUACCCGAACCGCCACCCCACCCUCGUCCCCAUUGCCCACUCAAGCAGACCAUCGAUUACACUAUCGGGGAGCCACCACGGCUCAGGGUCUCCGUCGUCGUCCCAGACGCCGGACGUCCAAUCAGCCGGAUCUCCGCAUGUUUUCUUGUACCACCGAGGGAUGUGACAAGGUUUUCAAGCGAUCUGAGCAUUUGAAGCGGCAUAUUCGUUCGGUCCAUACAUUGGAAAAGCGUAAGUGGGAAAUCCCAGCUGCGAUGGAAACCCCUCAAAAUCAUCACUGCAAAAAACGCUUCUCGAGGUCUGAUAACCUCAAUCAGCAUAUUAGGGUCCAUGUACAUUCAUAAGUAUGAAAUCAGACCCAAAAAAAAGACGAAAUCGAUCUA